GUCAUUCUGUUGUGAUCAAUUUUGUAUUGAAAAUUGAAAUUAGAGUAAAAAUGCGUUGUGAAGUACUAAACUGAUAAAUAAUUAUAUUAUUUUGUUUAUUUUAUUUCUGUUUAUAUGGAAUAAAAAAAUUCAAGAAGUUGAUAUAGCAAGCCAGUAGGCAAACCAAAUAUCAAGUAAUAGCGAAACCAGUAUUAAAAAAUGAGUUGGAUUUUUCUUUUUGUAUGCCUUUCUUAGUAGGUGUGGUUUGUUAAUUUGUUAAUUGUAAACAAAUGUAAAGAAUUUUACUAAAAUGAGAUUUAAUAAACAUGAGCUAGCUGCCUUAGCUUCACAGGCGUCGCAGAGUUUCGAUCGUGAAGGUGUGUUGUUGUUAAAAGAAAAGCAGGAUGGUUUCUUUCGUCGAUCGGAAGGUUCUUACUGUGUACACUGGUUCCGACUUAGAGGCAACCUUCUCUUUUAUUUGAAAGGUCCUGGUCCAUGGCAGCAGCCUGUUGGUCUCAUAGUGUUAGGUCAACAUCAAGUAAAAGAAUAUCCCCUGGAUGAGAAUGGCAAUUGGCCAUUUCAGCUUAUCUGGGAGAAUGGAAUAUGCUACAAGUUGGCUUCAUUUUAUGAAGCUGAACGCACAUCGUGGAUUAAGGCAAUACAAGCAGCUCCUUAUCCUGUUAUAAAUUCUCAGAUUCUAAUGCUUAAAGAAAAACUUAACAAAAUAAGAACAACCACAGAUAUAACAAUGUAUAGGCAACAGAAGGGCAUAGUACUUGAUAUGAAUGAGGUACCGCUUUGUGAGCUGGCACUUUUUUGUGAUAAUUUAUUAUGUGAUACACAUGGUCGCCCACCGUCACCAGUUAUUGUUAUAUACGUGAAAUAUUCAAAGGGUCUUUGUAUAAAAUAUGGAACAACAGAGAUAGUUGAUACAUGCAGCAAUCCUUGUUUUUCAAAAACAAUUUUGUUUCGUGCCAGUGAUGGAUUAUCGAGAGAUACUGUAGUUACAGUAGUUGUUUAUGAUGUUAAGGAACAUGUAUCUGAAACUGCAGUACCAAUGGGAUCUUGUACAUUGCAACUUAGCACUAUACAGGAAGCCCAAAGAUUGCGUGUGGCUUUAACGACACGCGAUAACAAGACAGUGGGAUUUGUUACAAUCAACGGCUGGAGCUUGGAGCCAUCCUACAUUGGUACCAGUCCUAGUCAUACAAAUGACAAAAAUUGUAUAGACAUCCCACAAAAGAUCCUAAAAAGCCACAGACGUUCACAAUCAUUGCCUCCUAGACUCGGCUUGAAGUUGAAGUUUCCUUCCUAUGGAAAUCUUCUGAAACAGAACUUCGUUAACAGUCACCAGGUUACAUAUAGGUUUCAUUCGGGACUGGGUGGAGACAUAACUGUACACGAAAUAAUGGCCGAACCGAAAUUGUGCUAUCAAAUUCCUAUGCAACUGUUGGAAAUAUAUAUUCAACGGGAGAAAGAGCUGUUAGAGGAAUUAUUGUCAGUGGGCGACAUUUCUGGACAUUGGCGAGUCAAGAGGUUGGAGUUAGCGUCGACACAUAUGGCUUUAUUGCAGCACUAUUGUCACUCAAAAAAAUGUUUGCAUCAAGCUGAAAACGCCUAUUUUAAAGCAAGCAGUAAAAAAGAUGAUUCGAGUCUGGAAUUUGCUCCUGUCAACCUUCAUUUGCAAAGAAUGUGGGUGUACAACGACACACUGAAUAAGACCGGGUUUCACGAUAUCAUCACUGCGGGCGCGUUCGCAGCACACACACAUAAAGCGGAACGCACAGGGGGCCUUAUUAGAUUAGUACAACAAGUAAAGGAUAUAACAAAUACGAAAGCUGCAUUAAAUUUCGCAGCCGCAAAUAAGAUACAGGCCGAAUACGAUAAUGUUGUAGCGAUGAGGAGACUGCGCGAUGAAAUACUCGACGAUUUGGAAAGAAUGGUAGUACUUCUACAAGCGAACCAGCACCAGGAAGUUACGAAUAUUUCAGGAGUAAUUAAAACUAAAGUGAAAAGCAUGCUUGCUCUAUGGGAACCUGCUGUGGUAGAAGAAUCGUUGGCAAUUAUUGGAUGGCCGAAACACCACUGCAACGAUGAUCCGGAAAAUCAAACGCUGUCGGCUAUAAUGCGUUUAACAGACCAACUGAGCUUGUUUGAUAACAACACUGAUUGUGAUAACUUUGACGUCUCCUCUAGUUCUAGCUCCAAAGACACAUCGCCCAUUGUUGAUGUUGCAUCAUUCCCUUCUAGUUCGUACAGUUCAAUCUCUAGCAACGGUAUCAAGGAGAAAGAGCCUUUCAAAAAUAUGUAUGAAACCGAAUUGCGAUUCUACAAUGAUUAUUUCAAAAGUGAAGAACGAAAUAUUUUAAAUAGUUCGUUUCGUUCCACUCGCUCUCAAACAAAACCAAAACUAAACGAUGCUCAGAGUUCAUCAUUUGAAUCGUGCAAUCCUAGAUACGGUAGCUUGAGACAUGAUUUUAAAAGUACAGCUUCCUUGGAACAAGUUUCGUAUCGAUGUCUGAUGGAAAGUUUAAGUGGAAUUGAUAAGAAAAAGAGCGCAUUAAGGAAUGAAUCAUCUUCGCUACCGAGUAUAGGUCAAAUAGACUCAAUAACUAGAGAGAAUAAUUUAAUGUUUCUGAAGAGCAUUGGUGCAGAUGUUGAUGCAGCCACAAUGUUAGCUCUAGAAAAUGUUCUAAAAUACUCUGACAGCAAUAAGGAUCUGACAGACGAUGAUCUGGAGAGCCUGAAGAAUGUAUCGGAGGGUUUCAAAGCAGCGGCCGAGGUCCUCGUGCGAUGGUUGAGGGUGUCGCACGCUGCUCUACGGUUGCGCUGCGAGUCCACUUCGUGGGCGUGGGAAAACUCCGCGCUACAGACUAGACGAUACAUGUGCUUCUCACAAGCGCUGGCAACAUUGACAGCGGGUUUGCUGUGCUGGUUUUGCUCAGUCCCAAGUGACAUUGUAGUUAAAGUUUUAAGAUCCGACAUGGGUCCUUUGUGCGGUUUUGAAGGCUUGUUGAGCCUUUAUUCCACCGAGAAAGCUAUGUGGGGUGAUAUGGUCGUGGCAGUUGAAGACUUGCAGACCGUUGUUUUUACUUUAACCAAAGUAGGACAUAGCAACAUGGCGAUACCACAAGUGAGCGGAACAAGAGAAGCUUUGACAGUAUAUAUUCCUGUAUCGGAUUCCCUUUAUAGCAAGUUUAUCAAUAAAGAGCAUUUGAGUUUCACCAUAACACCGGUGUUCUUCAAUGUGGGUAUAAAUGAAAAAGCUACACUGGCUGAGGCAUUGGGCGAGACUACUCCACAGUUCCAGUCAAACAACGAUAAUUUGGAUAGACUUUACAAAUAUUAUUACAAAUAUAAUAAAGUGUUUCCGGACCACAUGACUUCUAGCAGAACAUCAUCACGGACAAAACCGUUGGAGGAAGUUAUGGAAAAUCUUCGCAUUGCUGUCCACAAAAAAGUGCCUAAGAAUAUUGAAGUAUUACACCUUGCUGCCUUAGCGACGAGACUUAUGAACGGUAUUAGAUUUACGUCAUGUAAAAGUGCCAAAGAUAGGACUGGGAUGUCUGUGACUUUGGAACAGUGUUCAAUACUUUCUUCAGAAUAUCAUCUGGCUGAGCAUGAAAUGAAAAAAGCGCUUAAUAUAAUGAGGAGUGAGGGUUGCCGUCGUGAGAACACGUUCAAAAAUAUUGGAAUCAAAAAAUACGCGUUUACCAAAAAACAGGUGAUGGCGCUCCCUGAAGAGUAUAGACCGCCACCUGGCACUUAUGGCGCUACGCAAACUUAAAUAGAAUACGAAAUCAUUUACAGGGGGUAAAGUACCAAAAUACAUAAACAUUGCAUUCUUUAUCGUGUACUUAAAUGGAUUCUAAUAUUAUUUUACACAUUUUUGUAUAUAUACAAAAAACGUUACACAGGUAUAUAAUGUUACGUUACACAAAGUUUCUCUAUGCGACAGCGCUCUCUAUCAUGUUGCGUUGGGACGAAAGAGAGUGCGAUAUUUUCGAUUACGUCGCUAUUAGUCGUCGUUUUUCUUUCUUUCGUCCCAAGAUAUGUUGUGUCGUAAUGGUCCAAGCCAGGAACAGAUUUAUCUAAUAAGAUCCAAAACUCAUAAAAUGCUUGUGCAAUGUUGUUUUAUGCAGCUUAAAAAACUUAACUGCGAUGUUAGGUUCAAGAGUAGCUCUAAAUCACUUAAAAAACUUCAGUAAUUCACCAGUAUAUAGUAAAACAAAAUUUGCCAACAUUCUAUUUAUUUUUAGAUCUAAAAGUGACUGUGUUUAUAAUUAACCUGUGUUUACUUAAGAGUGUAAUUCCGAACUAUUGUACUACUAUACGAAAAUUAUUGUACUUAUAAAUGGUAGACCAAGACUUACUAAUAAUAAUAUAUCUAUUAUUAUAAUUAAAUUUCUAAAAAUUACUUAAGUUUUUCUCGUGAUAGUAUUAUUUGUAUGACCUUAGCGUAAUAACUAUUACGACAAAAAUAGAUCAAUAUCUUCCAAUGUAUCCCAUAGUUUAGUAUGUACUUACAGCACAUAAUAUUUACAAAGAACAGUAAUAUAUAGUUAUACGAUAUUAUUAAUUUUGAUAAGUACGGAAACAGUGGCGAGUGUAAUAUUUAAAUAAUCGGUAUUUUUUAUUAUAAUAUAAUCCAAGGGCCGCUAGAUGUUAUAGGUCUCGGCGUGUAAGUUGAUCUAUGCGAUCUAUCUACACGUCGAAGCCAUUAAGCCGGAUUUAUAUUUGUCUGUCGUGUCGUCUGUGAAUCGGUAUCAUACAAAAUGUACGAUACCGAUUGUCACGUCAGACAAAUGUAAAUCCCCCUUUACAAUAGCGUACGAAUUUUUUUACUUUUUUGACAUCAUUAACGUUAUUUGAGAAGAUGUCCGCCAUUUAUAGCACAACUUACUUGCUGGGAUAUAUAUCGAAAAGCUCAUCAUUAUCUUUCUAAAAACAUUUUUUUCAACAUCAUUUUUAUAUGAGUAUCAUUGAUGGUCAAUAGAAGUGGUGCAAUAUAAAGUUUUAUACUUUAGCAACA